GGUGGCUAGACUAGUUGUAUCAACUGCACUUUCAAGACCCUUCCGCAUUUUCCUACGGCUCUCAGGCUGUGACGUGUCGUGCUGACGGCGGGUUAGGCGCAGCCUGAGCUGGGGGCUGUUGCUCGUCAAUGUGUAUCAGUGGAGCUCCGCAAGACUCGGCCCCUCCCUCCCUGAGCUUCAGCGGCCCGCCCAACACAAACUCCCGAUUGAAUUUUGCCCAAGUCUGGGGAAACCUGGACGGCCCGGGGAAGCGUCAGAAAGAAAGAGGCCGUCCUUUAACGAACUGAUAUCUGAUGUGGUGUCAGGAGGAUGGAUGACGAUGUGACAGGGCUGGCACUCCACUCUCAAGAGCCCAAGAUAAUAUUCCACGGAUCAGAUGAGGGCGAUGCCCGGGGGGAGGAGAUUCUGGUGGAGUUGCAGGAGACGGUCUUUGUGUCAGAGGUGGAUGGGGAGGAAGUAGCGGUGCAUGGCUUCAACCCAGAGGAGCUGGUCAUUCAGGAUGCCAUCGAGGACGUGGUGGCCGAAUACGUGCAGUGCACUGAUGAGGAGGAGGUCGCCAUAGAGACCUGUGUGAUGUCACUGGACGGAGCAGAGGAGGGGCUGCAGGUGGAUGUGGUCCCUGAAGAAGUGCUGGUGGCAGACUGCCCUGCCCAAGGCGAGCUUGACCACGAGCAAGACCAAGAAACCUGUGAGGACUACCUGAUGAUCUCCCUUGAUGAGCCGGAUAAGAUGGUGCAGAGCGAUGAGGCGGAAAUGACUGCAGAAGGAGGUGUCAAUGACCAGGGGAAAGAGGAGGACGGUCAGGAGGUCAUCAAGGUGUACAUCUUCAAGGCUGACUCAGGCGAGGAGGACUUGGGAGGCACUGUGGACAUCAGUGAGAGUGUGAUGGAGUGUGAGCAGGGUGUGGGCCUGACGGACAGCUCAGCCCGAUCCCUCAGGGAGAAGAGGGUGUACAUGUCUGUGAGUGAAGCACGUCCUCACCAGGAUGACCUCGGUGUGCCGAAGAUCGCUGACGAGGUGUACAUGGAGGUUGUGGUCGGGGGGGAGGAUGCAGUGGCACAGGACCGUUCCUAUGACAACACUGCUCUCAACAAGGACUUUAUGCCUAUGGCCUGGGCUGCUGCCUAUGCAGGAGUGGACGAGAGCGAGAGCUGUGAGAACCGGAACGGGGCGGCCAGCGCUCUGCUGCACAUCGAUGAGUCCGGCGCCGAGUCUGGCAGCGUCAACAAGACCAACAAGCAGCGCAGCAAGAGACGGACUGAGCCCUGCCAAAUCCAGACAGCAAUCAUCAUAGGGCCAUAUGGUCAGCCCCUGACUGUCUACCCCUGCAUUCUCUGCGGCAAGAAGUUCAAAUCACGGGGCUUCCUGAAGCGCCAUACCAGGAACCAACACCAGGAGGUGCUGAAUAGGAAGAAGUACCAGUGCACCGACUGCGACUUCACCACCAACAAGAAGGCCAGCCUGCACAACCACAUGGAGGUGCACACUCAGAGCAGCAAGGCCCCGCUCGAGUGCGACGACUGCGGCAAGGAGUUCCUACAGCAGGCGGCGCUCUACGCCCACCAGCUGCAGCAGUGCAGCUCCAAGAGCCAGGUCACGCCCCCGGCCACCAAGAUGCACAAGUGUAAGUUCUGUGACUACGAGACGGCCGAGCAAGGACUGCUCAACCGCCACCUGCUGGCAGUCCACAGCAAGAACUUCCCCCACAUCUGCGUGGAGUGCGGCAAGGGCUUCCGGCACCCCUCCGAGCUGAAGAAGCACAUGCGCACGCACACGGGCGAGAAGCCCUACUGCUGCCUCUACUGCGACUACAAAUCGGCCGACUCCUCCAACCUCAAGACCCACGUGAAGACCAAGCACAGCAAAGAGAUGCCCUUCAAGUGCGAGCGCUGCUUCCAGACCUUCCCCGAAGCCGAGGAGCUGCAGCAGCACGCCCUGACGCACGACGAGGCCAAGACCCACCAGUGCAUCCACUGCGAGCACAAGAGCUCCAACUCCAGCGACCUGAAGCGCCACAUCAUCUCCGUGCACACCAAGGACUACCCGCACAAGUGCACUGUCUGCGGCAAGGGUUUCCACCGCCCGUCUGAGCUGAAGAAGCACUCUGCCUCGCACCGCGCCCCGCACCCGGCCCCGCACAACCCCAAGAAGCUCCACCAGUGCCGCCACUGCAGCUUCAAGAUCGCCGACCCAUUCGUGCUCAGCCGCCACAUCCUGUCGGUCCACACCAAGGAGCCGCCGGCUUUCACGGAGAAGAGCGCCAAGAAGCCCUUCGCCACUGUGCCCGCGGUGGGGACUAAGAAGGUGGUGUCUAAGGGCGGGGCCAAAGCCCACCGCGAAAGGCGGGUGUACCAGUGCCAGUACUGUGACUAUAGCACGGGUGAUGCUUCAGGCUUCAAGCGCCACGUCAUCUCGAUCCACACUAAGGACUACCCACACCGCUGCCAGUUCUGCACCAAGGGCUUCCGCCGGCCCUCUGAGAAGAACCAGCACAUCAUGCGGCACCACAAGGACCUGGUACAGGCAGAGUGAUAACUCUGGAGCUCUGCCCACACACUGACCACACAUCCGUCACUCUAGCGCUAGCACGCCUGCGGUAUGCGUGCGGCCUCCAUAAGAGGCCUCGCCUAUGGACUGCGUACAUGCGUGCGUGUUAGGACGCCCGGUGCAUGGCUACAGUGUGAAUGUGUCCACUGAACACCACGUCACCCCUGGGUGUUCCCCUAACAUCCAAUCAUCAUUAUGAAUUCCGUCUUCCUGAUUGUGUUAUUUGCAGUAUACAUUUUUGCAAGAGAAAUAAAAUUGUACAAACGAAUAAGGUUUAUGGAGUGGAGAAGAUUCGGUCUUGCACUUUAGCUAUGUGGGCUCCUGGUGGGAGUGUAUAUGGCAGGAUGUACCAGUGUCUGGGUUCCAUUCUGCUGUUUGUGAGAGGCUUUUUGUUUAGGACGCAGAGUACACUUAGUAAUUUCUUUAAUUUGCAGGCUGCAAAUUAAUGUGUCAAAUAUAUUGAGCAAUAUGUAUUCAUGAAGUUGGAUCAUAAAGGACCGUUGUUAGUGAACUGGUUUUUGUUUUUGUUUUUGAUUGCCUCAAAUAGUGCAUCACAAAAUUGUAACCAUGAAGGCCCUUAUGGGGUUAAAAAGGUAGAAUUUGCAAUAAAAAAUGUAAAAUAAAAUUAAAUACUUCCGUGAGGACACACAGGUGGCUUUCAGAUCUACUUCUUAAAAAAAAGAAAAAAAGAAAAGAAAAGGAAUUUACUCUCAAAUUAUCUUAGAUAGAUUUGUUUCAGAUCUCUCCAGUUUGGAAUCAGCUAUUUUUAACGAUGAUCUCGGAUCACCUCUGCCAUCCAUAUCUGUACAGGUAGCACUGCAUCUUGAUCACAUGCAGCCCUCCUGUAUACUUCAUGACAACUGGUAGUCAGUGGGUGUUUGACUAGUAGUCAGGGGUGGGUGCAUAUGCAAUAGUAACCAGAGAUUUUAAGCCCUCCCUACCCUGGCAGGCAAAUAUAACUGUUCUGCCAUCUGUGGAGCUCCUGGUUAUAGUGGGCUAGUGGCCCAGGCUUGUGUCUGUUCUGUAGGCUCUGUACUUAUACCUGCUGAGCCACUCCAAAGCCUCAAUUUCUCUCAGUUUAAAAAGGAAAUGGACAGUUAGAGUAUGGAAUUAUUUUUUAAUUUUUUUAAACCAAUUGCUUGUAUAAGACUCAUUUACCCAUUACAAAUAUUUCACUGAGGCAGGGAGAUUCCCUUGUGGGAGUUUACCUUGACCUUUUCUGCAGUUAUUAUUUUUUCUUUACAGUGGACAGUGUAAUUUUAUUUCCUUUUCCAGUGGUUCUUUUUUACAGAAGCUGUUUGACAUGCGUUCACCAUGUCUGUCCCAUUUUUCUGUGUGAAAUACCACAGUAUGCCGGAUCGCACAGUGGCUUGAUGGCAAUGCUUCUUCUCUUAAGUGGGGUAGGCAAUUGUGUUGUUGGCUACUUCACUCCAGCUACUCUCCUGGAAACAGGCAACUGACUUUCCAAGCAUGAUAUUUGAGUGUAUGCUUCAUUUUUACAUUAAGGUUUCAGCGUAAUCCUCAACCACAUUGUCUGAGUCCAGGGUCUGGAACUAGCUCCCAACCACCCACCAAAUGCGGGUAGGUUAUGGCAACAUCGGGAAAUGGGAACAAUUUACCAGACGUUGUGUAGAAAUCAAGCUGCCGAACAAAUCCAGAAAGGAAGUUCACAGCUGUUGCAAGCAUAGGUUCAAAAUAUGCGAACAGAAUCUCCCACAGAAUCCUUGCAUUCGUUUGGCUACUCUGAUUGGUGUCUGCGGUGUGCUUUUGAUGGUAGUCGUCAGUCUGUACUCCUGCUUCAGCAGAGUUUGAAUAUGUUAGUCACACAAAAUCACGGCCAAAAUGAUCAAACCCAGGUCAGAUGUCACAAAACAUACGGCAACACAUCACUGGAGUAAAAAAAUUAAAACCUGUUGAAAAGGGGAAGACCAAUGAUAAUGUUGAAGACUAAUUGAGGUUAAAAAAAGCAAUAGUGUUUUGAGUUUCCACUUCUAAUGAAUAAUAAUGAUGUAUGUUGUAAAUACUGGUAUUUGAGGCUGAACAAGUCAUUCUAUGCUGACUGCCUUUUGCCCCCCAGAAGUUAAAACAAUUUUAUAGCCGGCACCAAAACUCUUAUACUGGAGGCAGUCGGAGACUAUAAAGUGUCUCAUUUAAUUGCAUUGUGCGUCAAAUUUGUCUUAAAUAUUUUUAAAAUGUUUUACAAAGCGUGCUCAUGUGUAUGCUGGGAAAAAAAUGUCUGGUAAAAUGUCCAUGAGUCUGGUAAAAAAAAAAAGAUUCUUCCACCAGAAACAGUGUUUGGUUCAACAAAAAGUUAGUUUCAGACCCUGUCUCUUAAUUUUGUUCAGGCAUUUAUCCAAUCCAACCUUUUAUACAUGUCACAGCAAACUGUCUAAAGUGUAUUGGCCUAUUGUUAAUGAAGUGUGGCUUUCUUGCACCCUCCAAAUGAAAUAGGUGUGAAAGCCACCAUGGAAAUGUCCUUCAAUCAACUGAAGUACUGCAGUGUCUGCUACACAGGGCUUCACAUCUUUAGACUGCAUAUUUAUCUUAACACUCAUUGCAGUGAAGUGGACUAAUUCAUUUCUGGCGUUUAAUUCCUUUGUAUUGUUCUGGGCACAUGGUUCUGUAAAGCUGAGAGUUUUGGUGUCAGUGUGUGUGACACAGCCCUGUGGUGUUUGUAUGUAUGAGAUCAGGGGUAAUCAUUUUGGAUCCUUAGGGGUAGGAGGCACUAAACCUGCAGAGGCUGCUCCUGCCCCUCAGGCCUGCUUAUCUGGUAAACCUCUAUGUGACCUGGUGCUAAUUUUAGUUAAUGGAAACAUCUUCUGUUGAUAUAACUUGGAAUUUUUGAAAUAGAAAAAAAAAUUAUGUACAUUUCAGAGAUGAUGUAGACUCAGCAGGCAAAGACAGUCAUUGGUGUUGGUUCUUCGUCAGGUGAGUGUAGAGUGUGAACCUCUGGGAUUAGUUUUUAAUCUUUUGUACAGCAUGUCAGUGUUGCAUAUGUGUGUGUUCCCAAUACUGCUCUUCAAUCCACUCCAACACCUGUUUGUCAUCCUCAGCAUUCCCAACAUGCACUUGUUCAGACUCCGCAAUGACACCCACCAGACCUCCUUAGAUCUGCUCUGUGUUCAAUUGGACUGAGCGUUGAUUUGCAAAAUGUAUGCAGUUUUAGUGUAAUAGGCUACAAUACUGUAAAUAACAAUGGAGAAGCCACUCUGUGAGAGUGCAUAUCUGUGGUACCAUAGACAUUCGCAGUGGAGAUCUGAAACCUGAUGAACUGUUUAUUGCCCCUCCUUUAAAAAAAUGUAAUUGGUCAGGGCAGGUAUUGGUCUCAUGCUGGUGUUAUUGGUCAGUGCACGUGUCAAUCAGGCACUUAUUCAGAUGUGUAUCUCUUGCUUUUGAAAACGCUUCUCCCAUGUGAUCCUUGAGUUUUUUUUUUUAUUAUUAUUGUAUUUAUUUUACUAUUGUUGAAUGUUCUAUUGUAUAGUUCAGUGUAACUAGGAUUAUAUAAUGUUUAAAUUAUGGUUUUGUACACAGAUCUUAAAAUAAAUCUGUUGAUGUAUACAUUUGACAACAAAUACCAAGAAAUGUGUAUUGUAAUAGGUGUAACCUGACAUAUUUGUAAAGAAAAGAUAAUAAAAAGCAGAUUAUUUUUCCUGGA